AUGAUAUCAUGGGAAGCAGAAAAUGGCUCGCAUCCCAAAUGUGCCGGAAAUGAAACGAAAGCCCAGGAUUUGGCGCAACUUAUCAUGCAAAAUUACUCCAGAAAUGCCUUACCCGAUCCUACUCCAGUGAACGUAGUUGUCGAGAUUACCAUCCAGGACAUAUCCGAUAUAUCUGCAUUAACAGGAACAUUCGUCAUUGAUUUUUGGAUUAGUGCCAUUUGGAUGGAUUCGAGGUUAAAAUUUUUUCACCUCGAUCCUUGCCGUCGAAAUCUUUCUUUGGACCAUGAUAUGGAACCGAAAUUGUGGUCUCCAAACGUAUGUGUUGUGAACUCAAAAUCAACAAAAGUGCACGACUCACCAAAACCCAAUAUUUUGCUUAUGAUAUUCCCAAACGGUACUACUUGGCUCAAUUAUCGAAUAAGAUCCGAAGCACCCUGUGAAAUGGACCUUCGAAAUUUUCCGUUGGAUACAAUACGAUGUAAUCUGAUUCUUGAAAGUUACUCGUUUAAUUCAGCUGAAGUGACAUUGCAGUGGUUAACUUGGUCCCCAGUAAGCACUGCUAAAGAUGACUUCAAUCUACCCGAUUUCAAAAUGUCCAACAUAACUUACGGAAAGGAAAUGGAGGUGAAAAUUUAUCAGCUCUUUUCUUUGAAAAGUGACAGACGCAAGUUGUCAAUUCAACAAAUCGUCAGUCACCUCAUGAGAAGUACAAUGUAUACAGCAGGGAUUUGGCAUCGGCUAUUUGUAACCAUACGUUUUGAUCGUUUAUACGGAUUUUACAUUCUUCAGAUGUAUUUGCCAACAUAUAUAAGUGUAUUUAUAUCAUGGAUUGCAUUUUGGAUGGAUACAAGAGCUUUACCAGCAAGAAUAACGCUCAGUGUUAGCUCGUUGAUGGCGUUAACCUUCCAGGUGAUGACUUCAGCUGAUGCACAGUCAAAGACUUGGACGUUCCGAUAUGAAAUUUUAAGAGAGGAGGGUAAAUUCAACCAGUUUGGCAAUAUCGCUCGAUCGUUACCAAGAGCAAGUUAUGUGAAGGCAAUCGACACGUGGAUGUUCAGUUGUGUUGGGUUCAUUUUCUUUUCAUUAGUAGAACUAGCUAUCGUCGCCUACAAUGAUAAAAUGGAAGAUCAAAAAGCACGCAGUCAGCGAAUACCACAUGUGGGCAACAUGCUAAUGAAAUUCGAACCAGCUUAUGAAUCGGACCAAAGGAGUUCAGUCAAAUGGCGAGGACAGCUGUGGUAUGUGAGAUAUUGUUGA